AUGAAAAGGUAUUUUGUUAAAACUUCUAUAGUUUUAACUUUUAUAUUACUCUUGAGUAGGGUACUAACAAAAGUUAAUGGUGAGACUAAAACUGAUAAUGGUUUAAUUAAUUUACCAAUAAUUGAGAUUGUUGGGAACAAAUUUUUCAAUUCAGAAACUGGUGAACAAUUUUUCAUGAAAGGUAUUGCAUAUCAGCCAAGACGUACUAUGCAACAAUUAGAAGAAGCUACAGGUGUUUUUGAAACAAAAUAUUUAGAUCCUUUAGCGGAUGAAAAAAUGUGUUUAAGAGAUAUACCAUAUUUGAAAAAAUUAAAUAUUAAUACAAUUCGUGUAUAUUCAAUUGAUCCAGAGAAGGAUCAUGAUAUCUGUAUGAAUGCCUUAUCAAAAGAAGGGAUCUAUGUAUUACUAGAUUUAUCUGAACCCGAUGUUUCAAUUGUAAGAAAUGAGCCAACAUGGGAUACAAAUAUUUGGGAAAGAUAUACUAAAGUGAUUGACACAAUGGAAAAGUAUCAUAAUAUUUUAGGAUUUUUCGCUGGGAAUGAAGUCACAAAUGAUAAGACAAACACACAUGCAUCACCAUUCGUCAAAGCAGCAAUUAGAGAUGUUAAAGUAUAUAUCAAGGAAAAGGGUUAUAGGGAAAUUCCAGUGGGUUAUUCUACUAAUGAUGAUGCUGAUACAAGGUCUAACCUUGCAAAGUAUUUCAUAUGUGGAGAUGUUAAGGCAGAUUUUUAUGGUAUUAAUAUGUACGAAUGGUGUGGUUAUUCUUCGUAUGGUACAAGUGGGUACCGUGAAAGAACUGCAGAAUUUAAAGAUUAUCCAGUUCCAGUGUUUUUCUCAGAAUUUGGAUGUAAUUUAAUUAGACCAAGACCAUUUACUGAAGUUACAGCUCUUUAUGGUACUAAGAUGAGUGGUAUUUGGUCAGGUGGUUUAGUAUAUAUGUAUUUUGAAGAAGAAAAUCAUUAUGGUGUUGUAAAGAUUGAUCCACAUGGUAACGUUGUUGAAUUGGAAGAUUUCAAAUACUUGAAGGAUGAAUUUGCUAAAGCACAACCAAUUGGAACUACCAAGGAAGAGUUUUUGAAAGAAUUAAAUGAAAGUAAACCAUUUAAAGAAUAUGAAUGUCCUGAUCAAUUCAAAUACCCAUUAUGGAAGGCUAAUAAAAACUUACCACCAUCACCAAAUCGUAUUAAAUGUGAAUGCUUAUACGAUAAUUUACCAUGCUUGAUGUCACCUUUAAUUGAACCUGAAAAUUCCGAAUACAAGAGAUUAUUUGAUUAUAUUUGCCAUGAGGUUGAUUGUUCAGAUAUUGUUGCCGAUGGAUCUAAAGGGCUAUAUGGGAAAUAUUCUGAUUGUUCAGUUUAUGAAAAACUAUCUCUUGAAAUUAGUAAAUUUUAUUACCAAUUAAAUAAGAAUGAUAGAGUUUGCCCUAUUACUCAUAAGAAUGUAUUUUAUAAUAUCAAGAGUGAAAGAACUGAAGAUAAUGUAACUAAAUGUAAAGAUAUCAUCAAUACAUUUAAAGAGCAUGUUACAAAUAAUCGAAUGAAGAGCAGUAGCAUAGCAAAAGAAGAAGACAAAGAUAAGAAAGGCACCACCAAGCAAUUAGCAAGAGAUAAUAGUAAAGAUGAGAAAAAUAAUGACAAAGCCAAGCUAGAUGGUUCUGAGCCUUCAGUUGUGCUAGAUACGGAUGAUAUUCAUGAACAAUAUCGUAAAGAAAGUCAAGGUAACCAGCUUUCUAUCUUGGAUAUGAAUUUCAUUGGUGCUUUAAUGAUUAUUGCAUUAAUAGUUAAUUGUAUAUAUUGA